AUGGCAUCUUCGUUAACUACAACAGAUACCUAUUCUGAAUAUGGGUACCUAAAGUAUCCUUAUUUGUCGGUUAAAGUUAUAGAAUUGAGAAAUUUAGAAAGUUUUAGCGAAAAUUCACAAGAAUUCAGCCCUUACAUUAAGUUUACAAGAGAUUCUUAUUCCUUUAAAACAAGGCCAAAACAAACAAAAAACUCUGCCUUUUAUAUGGAAAACUUUGAUAUUCAAUUAGACGGAUUUGAAAGUUUGACUUGCUGCUUGAUGGACCACGAUGAAUUUGAUGGGGAUAUCGUUAUAUCUGGAGUGAUAUUUUCUAUAGAAACACUCAAACAGUGGAAAAAAGGAAAGCAGCUGUGAAUUAAGUUCAGCGAAAAUGAUUUAUCUGAAACUUUUAGCAGUUUGGAAGAUGGAUGUCUUAAGACAUUUACCGAAGAUAUGGAAGAAAAAAAUCCAAAUAAUUCUAAAAGUCCAUUAGCUUUGCUGGAAUUCACUUAUUUUGGACUAGAAACAUCAAAAGAAAUCCAAAUAGAAAUUAUUAGUCAUGAGACUAUUAUAAAGGACGGAGAAGUGUUUACUGAAUACCAAAUGCUUUUGGCCAGAAAAGAUGGGAUGAAUUGGAAAGUUAAAUUUAGAUAUUCACAGCUCAGAGAAAUAAGAUCAAAGCUUAUAAAAAAAUUUCGGGAAAUAAAACAUUUAAGAUUCCCAAGCAAAACAUUUACUAUAAAAAGAAAAUUAAAAGGUAAGGUUGUUGAAAGAAGAAAAAUAGAAAUAGAAAAUUUUUUGAACUGCGUGGUUAGAGGGCAAUACCAAAAUCACUGCAAAGAAUUUAAUGAAUUUUUAAAUCUCCCAGAUAUAUAA